AUGGAUCCAUACGGAAGUUCCUCCCUCCCCCUUCUCCAUCAUCCAUCUCGCCGCCCUCUCCAGCAACCAAGGAAGUUCGCCAUGGCUGCCCGCAAGCGACCUGCUGCCGUCCUCGACGCCGGCCACGGCCACGCCACGGCUCAACAUCAACAAUCGCCGACGUGCUGCAAGAGGAGCCGCGCCUCCAUCGGGAGCACCGACGACUACGAGAAGGUGGCCCGCCUAGGCAAAGGCGGCUUCGGCGUCGUCCACAGGAUGCGCCACCGCGUCACCAAAAAGAACGUGGCCGUCAAGUUCCUCUCCUCCCCCGACGUCGAAGAUCUUGAGCGGGAGGCGCGGUUCCUCGAGGCCUGCGACGGAAACCCUUACGUCGUCGGCUUCGAGGGCCUGCUGUGCGACCCGGCCACCGGCGACACCGCCGGCCUCGUCAUGGAGUACGUCGAGGCGUCGAGCCUCCACUCUUUAUUGUGGGACAGGCGCAGCGACCCGCCGCUCCCGGAAUCCACGGUGCGCGACUUCAUGUGGAAGCUCCUGACCGGUGCGGAAAAGAUGCACGGGCACGACCGCCACAUCGUCCACCGCGACAUCAAGCCUGGCAACAUCCUGGUCGGGAAAAACGGGGAGCUCGUCAAGAUUUGCGACCUCGGGCUGGCCAUGUCCAUGUCCGACUGGCCGCCGUACAACCGGGCCGGCACGACGUCCUACAUGGCGCCCGAGAUGAUCCUUGGCAAGAAGGACUACGACGCGCAAGUGGACACGUGGUCCAUCGGCUGCGUCUUUGCCGAACUGCUCACCGGCAAGACGAUGUUCAAGGGCUACCUCGAAGAUGACGACGAAGACAAGACGAAGAAUGACAUAAGGCAGCUGUGGAGCAUCUUCUGUGUGCUCGGGAUGCCGGACGAGAGGACGUGGCCAGGGUUCACCUCGCUGCCGCUCACCGCCGAGGCGCUGAGACGGCUGCCGGCGGGGUGCAAGUACAGCCGGCUGCGGUAUUCUUUCCCUGAAGACAAGCUAUCCGAGGAAGGAUUUCAGGUGUUGCAAGGGCUCCUCACAUGCAACCCCGAGAAGCGGCUGACGGCAGCCGCCGCGCUGAAGCACCCAUGGUUCGAUGCUCCUCGUUCCGCCGCUGCCGCCGCCGCCGCUGCGAAGGUCGACGCUCUGUCGUUUCCGAAAAAGAAGACACCAAGGAUCAAGUUCAUCCCGCCGGCCAUGCCCCAGAAGAAUCUACUCAAAAUCCCACUGGCCGUGUGGAACGCAGCGCAACGAGUGUAA